CUCUUAUCACACCUCAAAUUGACUGUCAAUCAAUCUUAAUCCAUCUCACGCCCAAGCCCUCCAUGGCCACCAUGCUCAAUGCCGCUCGUCCUCCUCAGCCCGUCAAGGCGGAACACCACCCCUCGCCACCGCCGGAAACAACCCCUAUCAAAAAAGAGCAGAAAACCCUCACCAACCCAACCAAUCCAGCACCACUACCAAAAGCUUUCAAAAUCCAUCGACAGCAACAACCUAGUUUCAUCAAUUCAGUGACCCAGCUUCGCGAUCUCUCCACUGCCCUAGCCGCCUUUCAACGCCGCUACGACGAGUUGCAGGAACACCUCGAUUUCAUUGGAACCGCCAUCGACUCCAAUUGGCCAAAACACCUGGACGCCGAUCCCUCGCAAGAAUUGGCAGUCGUUCCGGUAACCGAAACCCCAGCCUCGGACACCGAUGGAAUGCCAGAAUCGGUUAAUUCCGAACAAAAGAGGGUUGAGGAGAAACCGUCUCGAUCCGAGCUUGAAUUCUUGUGCGAAAUGAUGAAAGGCACAGACCUUCGUAGGUAUAUCGGAUCGCGUCUUUCAGAUAUUGCUAAAGUGAGAAAAGAAGUGACUACGGCUCUGAAAUGUGCACCGAACCCGGCAAAACUUGUCUUAGAAUGUUUCGGCCGGUUUUUUCUUCAGAGCAGCAAAGCAUUCAGUAAGGACUCUCCGCAGAUUCGGUCUAGGCAAGCUUCAUUUUUAAUUUUGGAGUGUUUUCUGCUGAUGGGAUGCGAUAGUGUUGAGAUUGAGCCUGCCGUGAAAGAAGAAGCAGAAUUGGCGGCGGUGACUUGGAGGGAGCGGCUAAUGAAAGAAUGUAGCUUGGCAAAGGCUAAUGAGAUUGAAGCCCGGGGUUUGAUUCUUUUCUUGGCUUGUUUUGGCUUCCCGGGUGCGUUUAAGUUUGAUGAUGUUAGGGGUUUAAUUCAUUCCAGUAAUGCCAGGAAGAUUUCUAGUACCCUUUGUCGGUCAAAUAUUCUCAUCGCAAGGACUUCUGAGAUAAUUGAGUGGAUGGUGAAGAAAAAAAUGGAAGUUGAAGCUGUUGAUAUUGUUUAUAUUUUUGGGCUUGAAAAUAGAUUCUCUCCUCAGGCAAUUUUGACACCAUUCAUGCGACGGUCUAAAGAAACUUUUAAGAAAGUAAAAAAUUCUGCACGAAGUUCAGAUCCAGAAUUGAUUGAAGCAAACCAAAAGAAGUUAGCUGAUCUGAAAUAUGUAUUGAAGUGUUUGGAGGAUCAUGAGAUCGAUCCCUUUAAGGUUCUUCCUGAAUGGAAUAUCAAAGAAACUAUAUGUGGAUUGGAGAAAGAAAUUGCUGAUUUGCGUAAAACAGUAGGUGAUGCCAAAGAGAGAAGCAGAAGAGAAGGUAAUCCCAAAGAGAAGGUGACGCCAAAGAGAAAAGCAGAUGAAAUUGAGUCCCCGAUAAAAACCCAAGAGGUAAGGCCAUCGUGGAUUGGGGGUUAUGGGCCGCAACGACAGAUGGCUGCUGGUUAUGAGGAUGCCCAGAACCCUUACAAUGGUUUGACAUCAAUGAACUUGUCGGAUGGUAGGCUCUCUUCUCACAUCAAUAGUUAUUCUGCUUCCCCAUCAGUAUUGCAUGGAUAUGGUGCAGGGCCAUCUUCCUCAAAUGUUAUCAGCUCAGCAGCAGGAAGUGAGAGUAGUGUGCUCGCUGCUGGCAUGUUGGCAGGUAGUGGUGGUAUUCUGCCUUCUGGUUCAGUUGUGGGGGUAUAUGGCGGGGUGCAAGCUGAUAAUGGCAGACAAGUGAUGAAUCAGGAUCAUCUAUAUGGGUGGCAUGGGGAUGCAGCCUUCCGCACAGGGGGGUUUGGUCAUAGCUUAGCAGGACAGCCUGCAGCUAUUGGUGUUAAUGGUUUGUACAGGCCAUCGUCAACAAUGGAGGGCUUUGCGGGGUUUCCAGAUCCCCCAGGUGGUUCGAAUCGGAGUUCAUCCUCUGAUCUCUAUCAAUUCGCUGAUGCUGUUGUGGAAGGUGAGUCGUAUCGCAGCAGUGGUUCUCGCAUGGGUGGUGCGGUGCCUCCACCUGCCCAUCGUCCCUCAUACUUGUAUUGAACGAAUCCAUUCUGCCUGUAAUUGGUGUUUAUUUACUUAUUUUCUUUACCUUUUCAUUUUGACACUCUAGAUCCCUAUGUAGAGUCUCGCAGAAGUAUCAAGAGGCCGUGUUUGGCAUGUUUAUAGAACUUAAGCUAAACUUUGAAUUUUUUAGUUUUUGUAAUGGCAAGAAACACAUUCAUACUUUUUGUCCGUAUGAGGACUUGUCUCGGGCCUUUUUGAUGAAUACCAUGUGUGGAAAUUGCAAGAGAGUAA